AUGGCAGUCGUCGGAAACCGAAAGCAGCUGAUGUCAUUGCUCCUCCUAUGCGUCAUCACCUCCGCCGUUAUCCCGCCUUGGGUGGAGGCGCAGGUAUCAUGCAGUGGCCUCAUCACUACAAUUUCACCAUGCAUUGGCUACAUAUUAAAUGGCGGGGAGAUACCGCAAGCGUGCUGUGACGGCCUAAAAACAGUAGUGGAUGGUUUAAAAUCAAAGCUAGACAGACAGAGCGCGUGCGAGUGCAUGAAAGAGGGGUUUUCUAAAGCCACGCCAGACCAGAUUAAACGGGUUCAAGGUCUCCCGAAUUAUUGCAAAGUCCCCCUUCCAUUUGAGAUUAGUCCUACUGUCAACUGUUCAGCGGUUCAAAAGAGAAUUGAUUAG